AUGAAUUCAUAAAUUGAUGAUGGUAGCAAAUUUUAGAUUAUAAUAGUAUUACAUAAAACUUAAUUUACUAAAAUUGCCAAAAAUUCUCCAAAAUUCAAUUAAGAAGAAUGUUUAGAGCCACCAUCAUUCUUUGAAAGUUUUUUUCUUGACUAAUCUGGAUAAUCAAGCAAAUAAUAGAAAAAUAAUAUUUAGAAUCAUAUCAAUCAGUUUUAAUAUUAAAAUUGCAAUCAAUUAGCUAAGUAAAAUAUAUCAAAUUGCAAAAAUAAUAAACAAAUUAAAAAUUAGAAUAUAAAAUGUGCUUCAUAAAUUGCAUUCUUUAUCAAUUGCAUAUUAACAUUAUUGAAUAACAUUUUCAACGCUUUCUUUGCUAUUUUAUUUCCUUAUAUUGUUUUAUUGGAAGGAAAUGAGAAAAAUAUUAAUAUUUGCUAUUUUCUAUUGUUUUAUAUUUUUAUAAUUUCUUUAAUUUAUACUGUAUGCUUAUGUAUAUAAAUCAAAAAAUAAGAACAUUAAUCAACUGUUUGCAUAUUGGAUUUGAUAAAUUAUUUUACUAUAAUCAAUAUCUUUUUAAUUGGACUACUUUUAAUCUUUAUUAUAUUGAACAUUAAAAUUCUAGCAAUAAUUUUGUCAUUUUAUUUUUUUUGUGAAGGUUAUAAUUAGAUUGAUAUGUUUUUUAAAUUACUAGUAAUUUAAAAAAGUAAUUAUUUAUAAUUUAUUUUAGAAAAAUUGUUUAAUUAUCUAGCUAUUUUUAAGAUUAUAAUUUAUUAUAUUUAUUUACUUCAUCUAUUAACAUGCCUUAUUUAUUCAGAGGAUUUCUAACUUAGUUAUAUAGAUUCACUAUAAAUAAAUAUAAAUUUUUUUACUUUUUAAGCAAAUUAUUAUGCAAUUGAAUCAAAUUUUAAUAUAUCAGUAAUGUUUAGUUAAAUAGUUGGAUUGAUUAUGUUACUUAAAACUAUAGAUAUUAUUAUAUAGAUUAGAUUAGAUAAAGUUGAAAUGUAUAUUAGACCUAAAAUCAAUUUACAUAUUCUACAUUAUUAUAUUUGGAAACAUUAAGGAAAUAUAAUUGAUAAAUUAAAAAACUUUUCGUAACUUGCAAAUAGUGGUAUAAUAAAAGAAAAAGUAAUUUUAACAAAUAUAUUAGAUGAUAUAAAAGAUAAUGAAAAGCAUUUUUUAAUAGAUUAUUGAGGAUUAUUUGGAAAUUUCUUAAAUUUUCACAAAAGAAUUUACUAUAAAUUUAUCAGAGCGAAUAAAAGUUUUUCGAAAAAUGAAGGAGAUAGAUAUGAAUAUUAAUUGUGGUUUGAUUAUAGUUUUAAGAGGAUAAGGAUUAAUUAGUUAUAAAAAGGAAGGAUUAAAAUUAAAUGAAUAAAAUAUGAUUGAGAAAGUAUUUGGAUUGAUUGAUUGUUUUUAACAGAAUGUAUCUGAUUAAAAAAUAAGUUAAUAUUAUUUAUUUAAUUUAGCAUUUAAUGAUGAUUUUUUAGUUUUGUAUGUAAGUGAAGAAGAUUUUAAAUGUUGUCUAAAUUCAAGUUAAGAUAUAGUAUGAUAUAUUAAAUAUUAAGGAAAUAUAUCAUAUGAUUAAAAAUAGAAUAUAAUUUGAAGGAGAUACAUCUUUUGUCAAUUAUAGAUGUUUAAUUUGUUAAGGAUAUCAUCUGAUGAUGAGAUGUUAAAUUUAAAAAGAUUUUUAAGAUUUGAUUUUAAUGAAUUAUAAUGAAUAGAAUGAUCGCAUAAAAUGGGAAAGAAGUAAGAAACGUAGAUCAUAUGCUCAUGAAAUACAUAGAGUAUAUAUUUUAUUAAUGAUUUAAAGAAAAAGAAUAAAUAAUAAUAAUAGAUUAAUGUAACUCUAAAUUCCGAAAGUGAUGUGAGUGAGAAUAAUAGUAGUAGUGAGAAAUUACAGAUAUAUCUAGAUGAAUUAAGUGAAAAUUUAAAGUUUUCAGAAAAAAAUAUUAUUGCUGGUAAUAGCAAAGGAAUUAUUAAUCUACCUACUAUUUAAAAGAUUUCAAAAGAAGUGCUUGGUGAUUUUAUUUCAGAAAAGAUUUUGUUGGAUUAAAUAAAAUAAAAUUAUUAACGCACUUCCCUUUAAUAAUCAUUGAUUUAACCUGGAAGUUAAUAAAUUGGAGAUUGUUUUAAAACAGAUAUUCGUAGUUAAUAGUUAUAUCCUUCUAUAUAUAAAUUUCAAGAUAUUUUAGCAAUCGAUGACAUUGAUACUAUAAGAGAAUAUGUUUAUUUCUAUCCAGAAUUCAACAUCAACUAUAUAAUUUCAUUGUUAUUAUUACAAAAAUGA